UGAACGGAGAGGAGGAAAUCCUCAGUGAACCUGUGGGGCACCUGCCAUCCACAUAGCCAUCAUGGGGACAUCAAGGUUAAUAUCAGCUCAUUUGUUAUUAUGGAUAACUGUAUCUAUUGGACUGACUGCAGCACAAACUGCAUUCCCCACAACGGUCAACUUCAUCCAACCACUGGCUACAACCCAAAUGUUUUCAGGAAUAAGUUCAGAACACAAUGGGCAGGUCUGCAGCACAUGGGGUAAUUACCAUUUCAAAACCUACGAUGGCGACGUCUUCCAGCUCCCGUCCACCUGCAACCACAUCCUGACCUCACAGUGCAGGGGCAGCUACGAGGCCUUCAACAUUCAGCUGAGGCGCCAGGUGGAGAAUGGUGAGCCCACCAUCAGCAAAAUCACCAUGAAGCUGGAUGGCACUGUGGUAGAGCUGGCAAAGGGCUCCAUAGUUGUCAAUGGUGAAACUGUAAAAGCACCUCACCUCGGCUCUGGAGUUUUUAUUGAGACCAUCAGCUCGUACAUCAUGGUCAAAGCUACAGUGGGGCUGACGGCGAUGUGGAAUGAAGAUGAUGCGCUCAUGAUUGAAUUGAAUGCAAAGUUUAUAAAUCAGACCUGUGGACUUUGUGGUGACUUCAACGGCGUCCCAACUUACAAUGAAUUCAUCAAGGAUGGUGCACAGCUCUCUGCCACUGACUAUGGAAAUCUGUGGAAGAUGGAUGGACCCACAGAAACCUGUGAGGAACAACCUGAGAGAGUUAAUGAGAACUGCGGAGACGAGAACUUCUGUCAAAACCUGUUUCUAAGCAAAGCGUUCAGCAGCUGCACUGAUCUUGUGUCAGUCGAGCCGUUCACCAAGGUCUGCGUAGAGGAUCUCUGCCAGUGCAACUCGUCCGCUGGAUCCUCCUGCCUCUGCGACACCUUAGCGGAAUACUCUCGCCAGUGUGUGCACGCAGGCGGGCAGCCCGCAAACUGGAGAACCGAACAUUUCUGCCCAAUGAAAUGCCCUGAAAGCAAGGUGUAUAUGGAGUGCGGAAGUCCAUGUAUGGAUACGUGCUCUAACCCUGAGCGAGGACAGGUGUGUGGAGAACACUGCAUUGAUGGAUGCUUCUGUCCCUCAGACACUGUCUUUGAUGAUGUUACCAACACGGGAUGUAUACCCCUGAGUAACUGCUCCUGCAUCCACGGAGGGAAGGCCUAUGCCUCUGGGGAAGGUUAUUCAAGCAGCUGCAGAGAAUGUACCUGCUCUGGUGGUCAGUGGAACUGCGUGGAUAAACAGUGCCCCGGGACGUGCUCAGUGGAAGGUGGAGCCCACAUCAUCACGUUUGACGGAAAGCCCUACACCUUUCAUGGAGACUGCAGCUAUGUCCUGUCAAAGGAAUGCACAGGCACAGAUUUCACAAUUCUGGGAGAUCUGGUGAAGUGUGGAAUCACUGACAGUGAAACAUGUUUGAAGGCAGUCACCCUGGCAUUAUCAAACGGCACUAAUGUAAUCACAGUGGACUCAAGUGGAAAAGUCGAUGUCAACAGAAUGUUCACACAGCUUCCACUGUUUAGAGCCGAUAUAAGCAUCUUCAAGCCGUCCUCGUUCUACAUCGUCAUCCAGACAACGAUCGGCCUUCGUCUGGAGAUCCAGUUAACGCCAAUCAUGCAGGUUUACAUCACAGCUGACCCAAAAUUUCAAGGACAGAUGUGUGGACUUUGCGGUAAUUUCAACAACAUUCAGGCAGAUGACUUCACCACCAUGGGUGGACUUACAGAAGGAACAGCUGUUGACUUUGCCAACACCUGGAAAACCAGAGCAAGCUGCCUGGAUGUUCAGAGGACCUUUGAGAACCCCUGCAGUCUAAGCACUGAAAAUGAGAAAUAUGCACAGUAUUGGUGUUCCCUGCUGUCUGAUGCUUCUGGGGUCUUCUCCAGUUGCCAUUCUGAAAUUAACCCUGCCACCUACAAAGCAAACUGUAUUUAUGACACCUGUAAUUGUGAGAAAACCGAAGACUGCAUGUGUGCCGCCUUGUCAUCGUAUGUUCACGCGUGUGCUGCUAAGGGGAUAUACAUUAAAGGCUGGAGGGACGUGGCCUGCAAAAGCUACACUCUAUCCUGCCCCAACACCAUGGUCUAUUCCUACAACAUGACCAGCUGUGGGCGUUCCUGCCGGUCCCUCAGCCAGACAGACUUCAGCUGCAGCUCUCAGUUCGUGGCCGUUGAUGGUUGUGGCUGUGCUGAAGGGACGUACCUGAACGAGAAAGAAGAAUGCGUGGACCCAAGCGGCUGCCCGUGCUACGACUCAAACACUGUGAUCCAGCCUGGCGAGACCGUUAGCAGAGAAGGCACCACAUGCACAUGCAAGCAAGGCCAGCUGAACUGCAUUGGUUCAGGGAAGGUGCAAGAAUGCACUUCCCCAAUGACGUACCUCAACUGCUCUGCUGCUGUUCCUGGAAGCACCGGCUCAGAAUGUGCCAAAAGCUGCAAAACGCUGGACAUGGCCUGCGUCAGCACAGGCUGUGUGUCCGGCUGUGUGUGUCCCUCUGGCCUGGUGUCCGAUGACAACGGCGGCUGCAUUACCGAAGACCUCUGCCCAUGUGUCCAUAACGGAGCGUCCUACAAACCUGGAGAAACUGUUAAAGAAGACUGCAACACCUGCACCUGUAAGGACAGAAGAUGGCAGUGCACCACAAACCAGUGCAGUGCAACCUGCAGCAUAUAUGGAGAUGGUCAUUACAUCACUUUUGAUGACAAAAGAUACGUUUUUAAUGGGAACUGUGAAUACACACUUGCUCAGGACUUCUGCAGCAGCAGUAACACCAAUGGCACAUUUAGAGUCAUUACUGAAAACAUUCCCUGUGGAACCACCGGCACAACCUGCUCCAAGGCUAUCAAACUCUUCAUCGGGAGCAACGAGCUUGUGCUGUCUGACGGAAGCUACCAGGUCGUCCAGAGAGACGCAGGUCAGGAAAUCCCUUACCAGAUCCGCACUAUGGGCAACUACUUGGUGAUUGAGACCAACAACGGCGUGGUCCUUAUAUGGGACAGGAAAACAAGCAUGUACAUCAAGCUCACUCCUGACUUCAAUGGUCGUGUGUGUGGUUUGUGUGGAAACUUUGAUGGCAAUGCAAACAAUGACUUCACCACUAGGAGCCAAGAACUUGUUGUCAAUGCCCUCGACUUUGGUAACAGCUGGAAGUUCUCCCCUACCUGCCCAGAGGCAAUGGUUGUCCAAGAGCCCUGUGCUCAUAAUCCUUACAGGGAGGCAUGGGCACAGAGACAGUGCAGCAUAAUCAACAGUGAUGUCUUCUCAGCCUGCCAUUCAAAGGUGGAUCCAGCUUCUUUCUAUUCUGCCUGUGUGAGGGACGCAUGUGCUUGUGACACUGGUGGAGACUGCGAGUGUUUCUGCACUGCUGUAGCCGCUUACGCAGAAGCCUGUAAUGCAGUUGGAGUGUGUGUUGCAUGGAGAACACCAAAAGUCUGCCCACUCUUCUGUGAUUACUACAACCCUCCUGGUGAGUGCGAGUGGCACUAUAAACCCUGUGGUGCCCCCUGUAUGAAGACCUGCAGGAACCCUGCAGGAACCUGCUCUCUCCAGUUACCAGCAAUGGAAGGUUGCUAUCCUGAAUGUCCAGCUGGGCUCCCUUUCUUUGAUGAGGACACAAUGAAGUGUGUGGCACUGGAAGAGUGUGGAUGCUAUGUUGGUAUGGAACAUUAUGCAAAUGGGCAGACGGUCCCUGCUACAAACAACUGCGAGACAUGUAAAUGCACAGCAUAUGGAGUCACCUGCACCUUUGAUGUUCAAUCUUGCAAAUGCACACAUAAUAAUACCAUGUACAACUAUGGAGACAUCAUUUACCAAACAACUGAUGGACUUGGAGGCUGCAUUAAAGCUAUAUGUUCUGAAAAUGGAUACAUUAAUAAGACAUUAACACCAUGUGAGACCACUGUUGCUCCCACAAUUCCAACAACAACCACAACCCAGGAACCAACGACAACACUAAUACCAACCACUGUAUUUGUCUUCACCACACCAGAAACGACACAAACUUCAGAAAAAUCAACACUGACAAGCACAGUGAUUUCAACAGAGACAUCAAAGGAAACAACCCCAACGGUACCUCCUAACGAAGUGACCACAGUUUCAACAAGUACAGCUGAAACCUCCUCCACUACUGCUGUUGAGGAGACAUCAACAUCUGUUUCUCCUUCAACAGAAACAUCUCCAAGCACAGAGACAACAACACCUGUGGUCUCCUCAUCCAAACCAUUUACUACAACAGAGACAACAGCAGGACCUUCUACAACUGAAAUGAUUACGGCUGAGGAAACAACAUCUACUCAAGUUCCAGCCACAUCCACUGUUCCACCGAAGUUAGAAACUUCUUCUCAGACAAGUCUCCCAACAACUACCGCCACAAGUGCUGCUUCAACAGAAUCCACCACAUCUCCAGAAACAUCACCAUCAGAGAGCACAACUGCACCAUCAACACCAACCCAGACACCAGUAGUGACCACCACUCAGCCCUCUACUGUUACCAAAUCCACUCAAGUACCACCAACAACAGUUAUACUCACUACCACAAUUUCAGAAACAUCCACAGAAGCUGAGUCCACAACAGUACCUCCUAAAGAAGUGACCACAGUUUCAAGUACAGCUGAAACCUAUUCCACUACUGCUGUUGAGGAGACAACCACAUCUGUUCAGCCAUCAACAGAAACAUCUACAGGAGUUGCUACAUCAAAGACAACACAGGAAGUAGUUAUAACCGCUUCUACUGUUGCACCAAUAUUCUCAACUAAAAAGCAAGAGGUUGAAACAACUCCUGUAUCUGAAACUUCUACUUCCCAGACAAUACCAGUGACCGAAACAUCUAAAACAAGUGAAACUCCUCAAACUACACCAUACACUGGAACAUCUACUGUUGUUUUAACUGCAUCUACUACAAUCGAGACAUCUAUUGCCCCUAUUACCCAAACUCUCCCAUACUUUACUAUGACAUUCCCAGAGACAACCACGCCUUUAACAGAAACAUCCACAGAAGCUGAGUCCACAACAGUACCGCCUAAAGAAGUGACCACAGUUUCAACAAGUACAGCUGAAACCUCCUCCACUACUGCUGUUGAGGAGACAUCAACAUCUGUUUCUCCAUCAACAGAAACAUCUCCAAGCACAGAGACAACAACACCUGUGGUCUCCACAUACAAACCAUUUACCACAACAGAGACAACAGCAGGACCUUCUACAACUGAAAUGAUUACAGCUGAGGAAACAACAACAUCUACUGAAGUUCCAGCCACAUCCACUGUACCACCAAAAUUUGAAACUUCUUCUCAGACAAGUCUCCCAACAACUACUGCCACAAGUGCUGCUUCAACAGAAUCCACCACAUCUCCAGAAACAUCACCAUCAGAGAGCACAACUGCACCAUCAACACCAACCGAGACACCAGUAGUGACCACCACUCAGCCCUCUACUGUUACCAAAUCCACCGAAGUACCACCAACUACAGUUAAACUGACUACCACAAUUUCAGAAACAUCCACAGAAGCUGAGUCCACAACAGUACCUCCUAAAGAAGUGACCACAGUUUCAACAAGUACAGCUGAAACCUAUUCCACUACUGCUGUUGAGGAGACAUCAACAUCUGUUUCUCCAUCAACAGAAACAUCUCCAAGCACAGAGACAACAACACCUGUGGUCUCCUCAUCCAAACCAUUUACUACAACAGAGACAACAGCAGGACCUUCUACAACUGAAAUGAUUACGGCUGAGGAAACAACAACAUCUACUCAAGUUCCAGCCACAUCCACUGUUCCACCAAAGUUUGAAACUUCUUCUCAGACAAGUCUCCCAACAACUACAGCCACAAGUGCUGCUUCAACAGAAUCCACCACAUCUCCAGAAACAUCACCAUCAGAGAGCACAACUGCACCAUCAACACCAACCCAGACACCAGUAGUGACCACCACUCAGCCCUCUACUGUUACCACAUCCACUGAAGUACCACCAACAACAGUUUUACUCACUACCACAAUUUCAGAAACAUCCACAGAAGCUGAGUCCACAACAGUACCUCCUAAAGAAGUGACCACAGUUUCAACAAGUACAGCUGAAACCUCCUCCACUACUGCUGUUGAGGAGACAUCAACAUCUGUUUCUCCAUCAACAGAAACAUCUCCAAGCACAGAGACAACAACACCUGUGGUCUCCUCAUCCAAACCAUUUACUACAACAGAGACAACAGCAGGACCUUCUACAACUGAAAUGAUUACAGCUGAGGAAACAACAACAUCUACUCAAGUUCCAGCCACAUCCACUGUACCACCAAAAUUUGAAACUUCUUCUCAGACAAGUCUCCCAACAACUACUGCCACAAGUGUUGCUUCAACAGAAUCCACCACCUCUCCAGAAACAUCACCAUCAGAGAGCACAACUGCACCAUCAACACCAACCCAGACACCAGUAGUGACCACCACUCAGCCCUCUACUGUUACCAAAUCCAUUGAAGUACCACCAACAACAGUUAUACUCACUACCACAAUUUCAGAAACAUCCACAGAAGCUGAGUCCACAACAGUACCGCCUAAAGAAGUGACCACAGUUUCAACAAGUACAGCUGAAACCUCCUCCACAACUGCUGUUGAGGAGACAUCCACAUCUGUUUCUCCAUCAACAGAAACCUCUCCAAGCACAGAGACAACACCUGUGGUCUCCACAUAUAAACCAUUUACUACAACAGAGACAACAGCAGGACCUUCUACAACUGAAAUGAUUACAGCUGAGGAAACAACAACAUCUACUGAAGUUCCAGCCACAUCCACUGUUCCACCAAAGUUUGAAACUUCUUCUCAGACAAGUCUCCCAACAACUACUGCCACAAGUGCUGCUUCAACAGAAUCCACCACAUCUCCAGAAACAUCACCAUCAGAGAGCACAACUGCACCAUCAACACCAACCCAGACACCAGUAGUGACCACCACUCAGCCCUCUACUGUUACCAAAUCCACUGAAGUACCACCAACAACAGUCAAACUGACUACCACAAUUUCAGAAACAUCCACAGAAGCUGAGUCCACAACAGUACCUCCUAAAGAAGUGACCACAGUUUCAACAAGUACAGCUGAAACGUCUUCCACUACUGCUGUUGAGGAGACAUCAACAUCUGUUUCUCCAUCAACAGAAACAUCUCCAAGCACAGAGACAACAACACCUGUGGUCUCCACAUACAAACCAUUUACCACAACAGAGACAACAGCAGGACCUUCUACAACUGAAAUGAUUACAGCUGAGGAAACAACAACAUCUACUCAAGUUCCAGCCACAUCCACUGUUCCACCAAAGUUUGAAACUUCUUCUCAGACAAGUCUCCCAACAACUACUGCCACAAGUGCUGCUUCAACAGAAUCCACCACAUCUCCAGAAACAUCACCAUCAGAGAGCACAACUGCACCAUCAACACCAACCGAGACACCAGUAGUGACCACCACUCAGCCCUCUACUGUUACCAAAUCCACUCAAGUACCACCAACAACAGUUAUACUCACUACCACAAUUUCAGAAACAUCCACAGAAGCUGAGUCCACAACAGUACCUCCUAAAGAAGUGACCACAGUUUCAACAAGUACAGCUGAAACCUCCUCCACUACUGCUGUUGAGGAGACAUCCACAUCUGUUUCUCCAUCAACAGAAACAUCUCCAAGCACAGAGAUAACAACACCUGUGGUCUCCUCAUCCAAACCAUUUACUACAACAGAGACAACAGCAGGACCUUCUACAACUGAAAUGAUUACAGCUGAGGAAACAACAACAUCUACUCAAGUUCCAGCCACAUCCACUGUACCACCAAAAUUUGAAACUUCUUCUCAGACAAGUCUCCCAACAACUACUGCCACAAGUGCUGCUUCAACAGAAUCCACCACAUCUCCAGAAACAUCACCAUCAGAGAGCACAACUGCACCAUCAACUCCAACCCAGACACCAGUAGUGACCACCACUCAGCCCUCUACUGUUACCAAAUCCACUCAAGUACCACCAACAACAGUUAUACUCACUACCACAAUUUCAGAAACAUCCACAGAAGCUGAGUCCACAACAGUACCUCCUAAAGAAGUGACCACAGUUUCAACAAGUACAGCUGAAACCUCCUCCACUACUGUAGUUGAGGAGACAACCACAUCUGUUCAGCCAUCAACAGAAACAUCUACAGGAGUUGCUACAUCAAAGACAACACAGGAAGUAGUUAUAACUGCUUCUACUGUUGCACCAAUAUUCUCAACCAAAAAGCAAGAGGUUGAAACAACUUCUUUAUCUGAAACUUCUACUUCCCAAACAAUGCCAGUGACCGAAACAUCUAAAACAAGUGAAACUCCUCAAACUACACCAUACACUGGAACAUCUACUGUUGUUUUUACUGCAUCUACUACAAUCGAGACAUCUAUUGCCCCUAUUACCCAAACUCUCCCAUACUUUACUAUGACAUUCCCAGAAACAACCAAGCCUUUCACAGAAACAUCCACAGAAGCUGAGUCCACAACAAUACCUCCCAAAGAAGUUACCACCGUUUCAACAAGUACAGUUGAAACCUCCUCCACUACUGUAGUUGAGGAGACAUCAACAUCUGUUUCUCCAUCAACAGAAACAUCUCCAAGCACAGAGACAACAACACCUGUGGUCUCCACAUCCAAACCAUUUACCACAACAGAGACAACAGCAGGACCUUCUACAACUGAAAUGAUUACCGCUGAAGAGACAACAACAUCUACUCAAGUUCCAGCCACAUCCACUGUUCCACCAAAGUUUGAAACUUCGUCUCAGACAAGUCUCCCAACAACUACCGCCACAAGUGCUGCUUCAACAGAAUCCACCACAUCUCCAGAAACGGCCCCAUUAGAGAGCACAACUGCACCAUCAACACCAACCCAGACACCAGUAGUGACCACCACUCAGCCCUCUACUGUUACCAAAUCCACUCAAGUACCACCAACAACAGUUAUACUCACUACCACAAUUUCAGAAACAUCCACAGAAAUUGAGUCCACAACAGUACCUCCUAAAGAAGUGACCACAGUUUCAACAAGUACAGCUGAAACCUCCUCCACUACUGCUGUUGAGGAGACAUCCACAUCUGUUUCUCCAUCAACAGAAACAUCUCCAAGCACAGAGACAACAACACCUGUGGUCUCCUCAUCCAAACCAUUUACUACAACAGAGACAACAGCAGGACCUUCUACAACUGAAAUGAUUACAGCUGAGGAAACAACAACAUCUACUCAAGUUCCAGCCACAUCCACUGUUCCACCAAAGUUUGAAACUUCUUCUCAGACAAGUCUCCCAACAACUACUGCCACAAGUGCUGCUUCAACAGAAUCCACCACAUCUCCAGAAACAUCACCAUCAGAAAGCACAACUGCACCAUCAACACCAACCCAGCCACCAGUAGUGACCACCACUCAGCCCUCUACUGUUACCAAAUCCACUCAAGUACCACCAACAACAGUUAUACUCACUACCACAAUUUCAGAAACAUCCACAGAAGCUGAGUCCACAACAGUACCUCCUAAAGAAGUGACCACAGUUUCAACAAGUACAGCUGAAACCUCCUCCACUACUGCUGUUGAGGAGACAUCCACAUCUGUUUCUCCAUCAACAGAAACAUCUCCAAGCACAGAGACAACAACACCUGUGGUCUCCUCAUCCAAACCAUUUACUACAACAGAGACAACAGCAGGACCUUCUACAACUGAAAUGAUUACGGCUGAGGAAACAACAUCUACUCAAGUUCCAGCCACAUCUACUGUUCCACCGAAGUUUGAAACUUCUUCUCAGACAAGUCUCCCAACAACUACUGCCACAAGUGCUGCUUCAACAGAAUCCACUAUCUCUCCAGAAACAUCACCAUCAGAGAGCACAACUGCACCAUCAACUCCAACCCAGACACCAGUAGUGACCACCACUCAGCCCUCCACUGUUACCAAAUCCACUGAAGUACCACCAACAACAGUUAUACUCACUACCACAAUUUCAGAAACAUCCACAGAAGCUGAGUCCACAACAGUACCUCCUAAAGAAGUGACCACAGUUUCAACAAGUACAGCUGAAACCUCCUCCACUACUGCUGUUGAGGAGACAUCCACAUCUGUUUCUCCAUCAACAGAAACAUCUCCAAGCACAGAGACAACAACACCUGUGGUCUCCUCAUCCAAACCAUUUACUACAACAGAGACAACAGCAGGACCUUCUACAACUGAAAUGAUUACAGCGGAGGAAACAACAACAUCUACUCAAGUUCCAGCCACAUCCACUGUACCACCAAAAUUUGAAACUUCUUCUCAGACAAGUCUCCCAACAACUACUGCCACAAGUGCUGCUUCAACAGAAUCCACCACAUCUCCAGAAACAUCACCAUCAGAGAGCACAACUGCACCAUCAACACCAACCCAGACACCAGUAGUGACCACCACUCAGCCCUCUACUGUUACCAAAUCCACUGAAGUACCACCAACAACAGUUAUACUCACUACCACGAUUUCAGAAACAUCCACAGAAGCUGAGUCCACAACAGUACCUCCUAAAGAAGUGACCACAGUUUCAACAAGUACAGCUGAAACCUCCUCCACUACUGCUGUUGAGGAGACAUCCACAUCUGUUUCUCCAUCAACAGAAACAUCUCCAAGCACAGAGACAACAACACCUGUGGUCUCCACAUACAAACCAUUUACUACAACAGAAACAACAGCAGGACCUUCUACAACUGAAAUGAUUACAGCUGAGGAAACAACAACAUCUACUCAAGUUCCAGCCACAUCCACUGUUCCACCAAAGUUUGAAACUUCUUCUCAGACAAGUCUCCCAACAACUACUGCCACAAGUGCUGCUUCAACAGAAUCCACCACAUCUCCAGAAACAUCACCAUCAGAAAGCACAACUGCACCAUCAACACCAACCCAGCCACCAGUAGUGACCACCACUCAGCCCUCUACUGUUACCAAAUCCACUCAAGUACCACCAACAACAGUUAUACUCACUACCACAAUUUCAGAAACAUCCACAGAAGCUGAGUCCACAACAGUACCUCCUAAAGAAGUGACCACAGUUUCGACAAGUACAGCUGAAACCUCCUCCACUACUGCUGUUGAGGAGACAUCCACAUCUGUUUCUCCAUCAAUAGAAACAUCUCCAAGCACAGAGACAACAACACCUGUGGUCUCCUCAUCCAAACCAUUUACUACAACAGAGACAACAGCAGGACCUUCUACAACUGAAAUGAUUACGGCUGAGGAAACAACAUCUACUCAAGUUCCAGCCACAUCUACUGUUCCACCGAAGUUUGAAACUUCUUCUCAGACAAGUCUCCCAACAACUACUGCCACAAGUGCUGCUUCAACAGAAUCCACUAUCUCUCCAGAAACAUCACCAUCAGAGAGCACAACUGCACCAUCAACUCCAACCCAGACACCAGUAGUGACCACCACUCAGCCCUCCACUGUUACCAAAUCCACUGAAGUACCACCAACAACAGUUAUACUCACUACCACAAUUUCAGAAACAUCCACAGAAGCUGAGUCCACAACAGUACCUCCUAAAGAAGUGACCACAGUUUCAACAAGUACAGCUGAAACCUCCUCCACUACUGCUGUUGAGGAGACAUCCACAUCUGUUUCUCCAUCAACAGAAACAUCUCCAAGCACAGAGACAACAACACCUGUGGUCUCCUCAUCCAAACCAUUUACUACAACAGAGACAACAGCAGGACCUUCUACAACUGAAAUGAUUACAGCGGAGGAAACAACAACAUCUACUCAAGUUCCAGCCACAUCCACUGUACCACCAAAAUUUGAAACUUCUUCUCAGACAAGUCUCCCAACAACUACUGCCACAAGUGCUGCUUCAACAGAAUCCACCACAUCUCCAGAAACAUCACCAUCAGAAAGCACAACUGCACCAUCAACACCAACCGAGACACCAGUAGUGACCACCACUCAGCCCUCUACUGUUACCAAAUCCACUCAAGUACCACCAACAACAGUUAUACUCACUACCACGAUUUCAGAAACAUCCACAGAAGCUGAGUCCACAACAGUACCUCCUAAAGAAGUGACCACAGUUUCAACAAGUACAGCUGAAACCUCCUCCACUACUGCUGUUGAGGAGACAUCCACAUCUGUUUCUCCAUCAACAGAAACAUCUCCAAGCACAGAGACAACAACACCUGUGGUCUCCACAUACAAACCAUUUACUACAACAGAGACAACAGCAGGACCUUCUACAACUGAAAUGAUUACAGCUGAGGAAACAACAACAUCUACUCAAGUUCCAGCCACAUCCACUGUUCCACCAAAGUUUGAAACUUCUUCUCAGACAAGUCUCCCAACAACUACUGCCACAAGUGCUGCUUCAACAGAAUCCACCACAUCUCCAGAAACAUCACCAUCAGAAAGCACAACUGCACCAUCAACACCAACCCAGCCACCAGUAGUGACCACCACUCAGCCAUCUACUGUUACCAAAUCCACUCAAGUACCACCAACAACAGUUAUACUCACUACCACAAUUUCAGAAACAUCCACAGAAGCUGAGUCCACAACAGUACCUCCUAAAGAAGUGACCACAGUUUCAACAAGUACAGCUGAAACCUCCUCCACUACUGCUGUUGAGGAGACAUCCACAUCUGUUUCUCCAUCAACAGAAACAUCUCCAAGCACAGAGACAACAACACCUGUGGUCUCCUCAUCCAAACCAUUUACUACAACAGAGACAACAGCAGGACCUUCUACAACUGAAAUGAUUACGGCUGAGGAAACAACAUCUACUCAAGUUCCAGCCACAUCCACUGUUCCACCGAAGUUUGAAACUUCUUCUCAGACAAGUCUCCCAACAACUACUGCCACAAGUGCUGCUUCAACAGAAUCCACUAUCUCUCCAGAAACAUCACCAUCAGAGAGCACAACUGCACCAUCAACUCCAACCCAGACACCAGUAGUGACCACCACUCAGCCCUCCACUGUUACCAAAUCCACUGAAGUACCACCAACAACAGUUAUACUCACUACCACAAUUUCAGAAACAUCCACAGAAGCUGAGUCCACAACAGUACCUCCUAAAGAAGUGACCACAGUUUCAACAAGUACAGCUGAAACCUCCUCCACUACUGCUGUUGAGGAGACAUCCACAUCUGUUUCUCCAUCAACAGAAACAUCUCCAAGCACAGAGACAACAACACCUGUGGUCUCCUCAUCCAAACCAUUUACUACAACAGAGACAACAGCAGGACCUUCUACAACUGAAAUGAUUACAGCUGAGGAAACAACAACAUCUACUCAAGUUCCAGCCACAUCCACUGUACCACCAAAAUUUGAAACUUCUUCUCAGACAAGUCUCCCAACAACUACUGCCACAAGUGCUGCUUCAACAGAAUCCACCACAUCUCCAGAAACAUCACCAUCAGAAAGCACAACUGCACCAUCAACACCAACCGAGACAGCAGUAGUGACCACCACUCAGCCCUCUACUGUUACCAAAUCCACUGAAGUACCACCAACAACAGUUAUACUCACUACCACAAUUUCAGAAACAUCCACAGAAGCUGAGUCCACAACAGUACCUCCUAAAGAAGUGACCACAGUUUCAACAAGCACAGCUGAAACCUCCUCCACUACUGUAGUUGAGGAGACAACCACAUCUGUUCAGCCAUCAACAGAAACAUCUACAGGAGUUGCUACAUCAAAGACAACACAGGAAGUAGUUAUAACCGCUUCUACUGUUGCACCAAUAUUCUCAACCAAAAAGCAAGAGGUUGAAACAACUUCUUUAUCUGAAACUUCUACUUCCCAAACAAUGCCAGUGACCGAAACAAUUAAAACAAGUGAAACUCCUCAAACUACACCAUACACUGGAACAUCUACUGUUGUUUUUACUGCAUCUACUACAAUCGAGACAUCUAUUGCCCCUAUUACCCAAACUCUCCCAUACUUUACUAUGACAUUCCCAGAGACAACCAAGCCUUUCACAGAAACAUCCACAGAAGCUGAGUCCACAACAAUACCUCCCAAAGAAGUUACCACCGUUUCAACAAGUACAGUUGAAACCUCCUCCACUACUGUAGUUGAGGAGACAUCAACAUCUGUUUCUCCAUCAACAGAAACCUCUCCAAGCACAGAGACAACAACACCUGUAGUCUCCACAUCUAAACCAUUUACUUCAACAGAGACAACAGCAGGACCUUCUACAACUGAAAUGAUUACGGCUGAGGAAACAACAACAUCUACUGAAGUUCCAGCCACAUCCACUGUUCCACCAAAGUUUGAAACUUCUUCUCAGACAAGUCUCCCAACAACUACUGCCACAAGUGCUGCUUCAACAGAAUCCACCACAUCUCCAGAAACAUCACCAUCAGAGAGCACAACUGCACCAUCAACACCAACCCAGACACCAGUAGUGACCACCACUCAGCCCUCUACUGUUACCAAAUCCACUCAAGUACCACCAACAACAGUUAUACUCACUACCACAAUUUCAGAAACAUCCACAGAAGCUGAGUCCACAACAGUACCUCCUAAAGAAGUGACCACUGUUUCACCAAGUACAGCUGAAACCUCCUCCACUACUGCUGUUGAGGAGUCAUCAACAUCUGUUUCUCCAUCAACAGAAACAUCUCCAAGCACAGAGACAACAACACCUGUGGUCUCCUCAUCCAAACCAUUUACUACAACAGAGACAACAGCAGGACCUUCUACAACUGAAAUGAUUACCGCUGAAGAGACAACAACAUCUACUCAAGUUCCAGCCACAUCCACUGUUCCACCAAAGUUUGAAACUUCUUCUAAGACAAGUCUCCCAACAACUACUGCCACAAGUGCUGCUUCAACAGAAUCCACCACAUCUCCAGAGACAUCACCAUCAGAGAGCACAACUGCACCAUCAACACCAACCCAGACACCAGUAGUGACCACCACUCAGCCCUCUACUGUUACCACAUCCACUGAAGUACCACCAACAACAGUUAUACUCACUACCACAAUUUCAGAAACAUCCACAGAAGCUGAGUCCACAACAGUACCUCCUAAAGAAGUGACCACAGUUUCAACAAGUGCUUUUUCAACAGAGACCUCCGUUUCCCCCAUUACCCAAACAGUCCCAUCAUUCACAGUUACACUGCCUUUGACAUCACUGCCUUCGACUUCAACUAUUUUAUCCUCCACCCUCAGUGUGUGUUGUUUUGCAAAUGGCACAAAUUUCCAACCAGGUGAAAUUGUUUACAAUGUGACGGAUGGCUUCGGUUGGUGUUUUACUGCGUACUGCAAUGCAACAUGUACUAUUGAGAAGAAGGGAUAUUCGUGUGCAACAACACCAUCUCCUGAAGAAACCACUACAGAGUCUACAGAGUCUAGUAGCACUGCAUCUCAGAGUACGUCAGCCACAGUGCAGCCAACAACAUCUGCUCCUUCAAGUACUGCUAGCACAGCACCACCCACAACAACAACUGCUAGUCCAGACUGUAGUAACCUUGAUCCACCAAGAAAGAAUGGUGAAACCUGGAAAGUGGAUAAUUGCACCACGGCUACAUGUAUUGAUGGAGAGGUCAUUACCAACACACCCCAAUGUAAACACGUUGACGCGCCAACCUGUGAAAGUGGCAGGAGCCCAGUAAAGAUCUACGAUGAUUCUGGCUGCUGUUUCACAUACUCAUGUGAAUGUUCUUGUGCAGGAUGGGGUGGCUCUCAUUAUCUAACAUUUGAUGGAAAUGCUUACACAUUCUCUGACAGCUGCUCCUAUAUUCUGGUUCAAGAAAUUAUCAAUCCAAAUCUGAAAAUUGUACUUGACAAGCACUGCAGUGUCGGGAGCUCAUUCUGUCCACAGAGCGUGAUCAUCACAUACAAAUCCCAGCAGGUCCUCCUAACACAGGACUCAGCUGAUGGUGGUGUAACCAAUGUGGUUAAGGUAGACAACAAGCAAGUGUACCCUGCUUUCAAAAAUAUUAAUUUCGUCAUCACAAGCACAGGCAUGGAGAUCACUGUUGUAAUUCCAGAAAUUGAGGUUCAAGUGACCUACUCAGGCCUUACAUUUAACAUUGAUUUGCCUGACACACUGUUCCACAACAAUACAGAGGGUCUUUGCGGUACCUGCGAUAACAACAAAGAUAAUGAUUGCCAGUCGCCCUCUGGUCAGCUUGGCUCUUGCUCCGAAACAGCUCCUGACUGGCAGGUUCCUGGCGACACCUGCGAAACACCAACCACUCCCACUCCAACCACAACUACUGUCAGCACAGUCACUACAUGCAAGCCAUCCAUCUGUGACCUCAUCUACAGCCCAGUGUUUGAGGACUGCCGCAAAGCCAUUCCCCCAGAGCCUUAUGUUGAGAGCUGCAAAGUUGAUGUGUGCACUACAACAGAGUCUGGCUGCACCAGCCUGCAGGCCUAUGCAUUCGCCUGCGGGAAACAGGGCUUCUGUGUGGACUGGAGGAACUACACCAAUGGAGAAUGCGUGGUGACAUGUCCAGCCACUAAAGUUUACAAAGCCUGUGGCCCAGCUGUGGAACCUACCUGCAAUUCUCAGUAUAACUCCAAAUAUCAAGUCAUGAUUGAGUCCAACAGCACAAGCAUGAGUGAGGGAUGCUUCUGUGAGCCAGGCACCAUCAUGUUCAGCGCUUACUCUGGUGUCUGCGUCACCUCCUGCGCUUGCACAGGCCCUGAUGGCAGUCCCAAAAUGCCGAACGAGACCUGGCAGAACGGCUGCCAGAUGUGUGAGUGUGACGCAGACACUCUGAGCAUCCAGUGUAAGGAUGUUGCCUGUCCCACCGUACCAACACCUGUAUGUGACAAGCCUGGAGAAGUGCUCAUCAAAAAAACAGAUGGAUGCUGCACGAGCUAUGAAUGCCAGUGCGACAUAAGCCAGUGCAUCCAUCCCACCAUGGUUUGUCCUCUGGGUUUCACAAUGUCUGUAGAUACUCCUGCAGGAGCCUGCUGCCCCGAGUACACCUGCAAGCCUAUGAAGGUCUGCGUUGACAACACAACAGUGUAUCAGCCUGGCUCCCCCAUGCCCAGUGACGACCUCUGCAAGAGCUGCAAGUGUGGCACCACAAUGGAUCCUGAAACAGAACUGCUGGCUCCAGAGUGCGUGGUAAUCGACUGCAACCCCAACUGUCAAGCGGGUUACGAGUACCAGCCUAUUGCCGGUCAGUGCUGUGGAAAGUGCGUGAGGACCAGCUGCGUGAUUAUGAUCAAUAACAGCGUCAACACCUUCCCUGUGAAUGACACAUUUACUUCUCCUGACGAUAGAUGUGUGAAGUACAAGUGUGAGGAGAUUAAUGGGGAACCAGUGGCAGUAGAGACCAAGACCACCUGUCCUCCUUUCAACCCAGAUAACUGUGUCCCUGGAACAGAGACAAGUGAUGCUGACGGCUGCUGCUUAAGCUGUACACUGAAGAGCAACUGUAACGUUCAGAAGAACAUCUCAGUCCUGGUUAAUAAAGGCUGCACCAGCAUCACUGAGGUGGAGCUAACGUCCUGCGAAGGCAGCUGUGGAACCUCCUCCAUGUACUCGUCCGAGUCCAACACCAUGAUGCACUCGUGCUCCUGCUGUCUGGAGCAGGACACCAGCAAGAGGCAGGUAGAGCUGCUCUGCCCUGAUGGGUCCAAGGUCAGCUUCUCAUACGUCUACAUCGAGUCCUGCGGCUGUCAGAAGACCGAAUGCCAGUCUGCUCAGAGACGCAGAAGGAGACGGUGAACUCUGACCCCACUAGAACACCAUUAACCAGCCAGGAAGCAUGAUAACCCGCUUCGCCUCGGACAGAUACAGGAACCCUCUUAAACUGAACCUUCUCUUUCUAAAAGUGUCAAUAUUUAUCCUCUAAUGUCUUUUCCUCAAACCUGCAUGCAAAAAAACAAACCUUAAUAUUAUUAUUAUUGUGAGAAUGUGUUAAAAGGCUUGUUAAUCUAAAAGAGCUUUGGUGUGAUGUGUUGUUAAUGUGCGCGCGAAUAACUUUCAUCCUUACUCUUGUCUUUAAUUCUCAAUAAACUAUUGCAAUUAUAAAAAAAA